AUGGCCUUCACCCACAGUGACAAAAAGGAGGACCACAUGCGGCUCGUGGGCACGCACUACCAACUAGGGGCCGAGAUCGGGCGUGGCGGCUUUGGCGUCGUCUAUGGCGCACUGGACCUGCGCAACGGACGCUCCGUGGCUAUCAAACAAGUGUCACUGCGAGACAUUGACAAGGACGAGCUGUCGGCCAUUGAGACGGAGAUCAGUUUGCUGCGCAAGCUAAAGCACGAGAACAUUGUCAAAUACCACGAUACGAUCAAGACCGAAGGACAUUUGUACAUUGUGCUCGAGUACAUGGAAAACGGAUCACUGGCGCAGUUUGUCAAGAAAUUCCGCUUCUUGUCCGAGACGCUCGUGGCCAUGUACAUUACGCAAGUGCUGCGAGGGCUCGCGUAUCUGCACGAGCAAGGCGUGCUGCAUCGAGAUGUAAAGGGGGCAAACAUUUUGACGACAAAAGACGGGCUGGUGAAGCUCGCAGACUUCGGUGUGGCGAUCAAACUGAACGAUACGCAGAAGGCGAAUUCCGUAGUAGGCUCGCCGUAUUGGAUGGCCCCGGAGGUGAUUGAGAUGGCAGGUUGGUCGUCUGCCUCGGAUAUCUGGAGCGUGGGCUGUACAAUCAUCGAGUUAUUGACGACCAAGCCGCCGUAUUUCGACUUGGCGCCCAUGGCGGCGCUAUUCCGCAUUGUGCAGGAAGAUCACCCGCCGCUUCCACAGCGCAUGUCGCCGGCUUUACAUGACUUUAUCAUGAAGUGCUUCAUGAAAGAGCCUCGACUACGAGCAUCGGCAGUCGAGCUUCUGGCGCAUCCAUGGAUUGCGCAAAUUCCGAAGAACAAGGUAGAGCAAAGCACGCAGCUCGUUGCAGAGAACGUCACGUCUCUCAAUGAUCGAGAUGCGGUGCUUAAAACUAUCAAGUUGUACGAGAAAAGCUCGUCCUCGACAGAUGUUCCACCCACAGUGACGGGCAAACGUGAGUGCAUUCUGAGUGUUAUGAACGAGUUACCCGAUGAAGAUGCCGACGAUUGGGACGACGAACUUGGUGUACAUUCGAAUUCUGCACCAGUUGUGCGCAAAGAAGAGCUGGAUGGGAGUGGAGACCGCAAGCUCAAGCUGUUAGCUCGAGAAACUGCAUCAACUAAGCCAAUGUUUCAGUUGUCCAACGAAGACGCAAGUGCUUUGUUCAACGACGACGUGUGGGAUAAUGAAGAGCCCGAAGUUGCGGCUUUACCGGUGAGAUUGACAACACUAGAUGUGAGCCAUAGCAGUCGUGAUACCAACGACGAUCAGAGCAUAAACCGUAGGUCUGCGAUGAACUCGUGGGGCCAGUUAUCGUUGAUUCCAGCUGGAAGUGGGUUAUCAAAGCUUCAGCAAUUCGUUGAAGAUCCGGAAGACGACCUCGAUCUUGACGACUUCGACGAGAAGCAGCUUAUACAAGCGGCUGCAAAGCAACAGCGGGCUAUGAAGAAGCGCACAGUACGCACUACUGACAUCGUUGCCUCAGAGUCAUUUGGUGUUUUGACACAGAAUGGUGACACUGAUGGAGACGUUGACUUUGCCGAGGGCCAAGUGGGAAAUGUGAUGCUACGCGUUGGCGGCAAUCGAGACCGUGAUGUCGACUCAUCAUCAAAUGGGAGCGCGCAAGGAAUUCUGUUUGACGAUGAGCUUGAUUUUGAUUACGCGAUCGCUCGCGACACGAAUCAAAAAGCAACUGCUCGAGUAGUGGAGCUGCUGUCAUUACUAGAUCCCAGUAUGGACGAUCAAGUCAUCCUAGAUGCUUGUAGUGAGUUGGAGGAGCUGUUUGACCAGAACGUGACACUGGGACGAGAUUUGAUGUCACAACCGAGCGUCGUGCCGAACAUCAUGGAAGCCUUGGAGAUGAAGAAGAUAGACGUGUUGCACGCGGUGCUCAGGGUCGUCAAUAUCAUUGUCGAAGGCAACAAAAAGUUUCAGGAAAACUUGGCACUCGUCGGGCUUAUGCCAGUGAUCAUCAAACUCACGAAAGAACACAAUCCAUACCGCUCACCUGGUAAACGCGAUAGGAAGUGUCGUAUUGACGGACCCGAGGACCACGGGUUUGUGAAAGCAGUUCGAAUGGAAGCAGCCAAGUUCGUGCAGCAGUGUUGCAAAACGAGUUCUCUGACAUUGCAAAUGUUUAUUGCGUGCGGUGGCUUGCCGGUGUUGGUGGACUUCUUGACGCUAGAAGGAACAACGUUCGAUCUCGACCAUGACGUGGAUCUACUUCGGAUUGCUCUGGAUGGGAUAUUCAGCGUUUUCAGUAUACAGACCAUUCCCAAAAACGACAUUUGCCGCCUGUUUGUGAAAGCGGGGCUACUGAGGAAGUUUGUGCUUAUCUUCUCUGACAUUGCCAUGGCGGUGUCCACCAAAGAUACGCGAAGAAGAGAAGCUGACGGCAGUGUCAGGGAAGCGAGUCGAAACGCGAUAGUAAGUAAGGGUGGAUCGAUGGCAGAGUGGACGAUGAAGGAUUUCCACAAGACGUGCGAUAUAUUCUUACUGUUCUCUCAAGGUGACGCCGUGGUGAAAGAGCACAUGUGUGACGGUGCUGUCUUACGAGGACUACUGGAAGCGAUCCGCCCGGGGACGCAUCUUCGCAGUCCAAUAAAGCAAGUAGACGACGACACGCAAGCGCUGCCUCUGAUGAACCACUCGGACGAAUUCGUUUCGGCUACCAUGGCGCUGCUUAAGUGUAUUCGGAAUCUAAGCAUGGAGCCGACAACGCUGGUGAAAUUGGACCGCGCUGGUGCGAUCCCGACACUCGUCCGUCUGCUGAACGAGCAGGUGGUCGAAGGUCCGUCAAUCUCAGAUGUCAAGCAGAAAGAGGUCGAAAACGUCGUGCUCCAGUCAAUGUUCUACCUAUGUCGGAUCAACCGCAAUCGACAAACUCGCGCAGCGCAAGCUGGUGUCAUUCCGUCACUCAUCAAGGUCGUUCGGAAUUCCAGUCCACUGAAGCAAUUUGCACUCCCAAUCUUGUGCGACCUCGCCCAUUCGUCGUCAACUGCACGGACACAUUUGUGGGAGUAUGACAGUGUGACCCUUUUCUUGGCGUUGCUAGAGGACAAGUACUGGCAAGUCGAUGCCAUCAAGUCCAUAAGCGUUUGGCUUGUACAUGACGCCGUGAAAAUGGAGAACGUCCUCCUCGUUUCCGAAAACCUGACGAAGCUUAUGACGUGUUUUCACGACGCUGCGAACACCGAGUUCGAAAACUUGCUCGAACCGUUGCUGGAAAUGAUGAGUCGCUCGGUAAAGCUUAACCGAGCACUUGGACGUAACGGCGUGUUUGUCAGAAAGAUUUUGAAACAACUGCAGCUCAUCCCGAAAGCACUUGUGCGCAAGAACUUGCUCAAAAUGCUCAAACUCCUCUUCGAAUCGCACGCGUCGCCAGCUCAGUUUCUUGUCGAGUACAACCUCCGUCCGGUCGUGCGUGCGCUGGCUCAAGACGAGAACAGCAUGAUUCUUGUGAAAGAGAUUGCAUCGCAGCUUAUUCAGUCCAUUCGAGUGGCUGCAGACACUUCGUUGAAGCCGAAGAAGUGA